GAAGACCAUAGUGUGUUCAUUUCAACAAAAAUCUAUCACAAACUCCAUUCUUAAAGCGAACGAGAGAGAGAGAGAGAGAGAGAGAGAGAGAGAGAGAGAGAGACAGAGGGAGAGAUCACACAGAGAAAGAAGAAGACGAAGAGGAGAUGGCUGGGGCAAGAUUACUUGACAUGUCGAGAGUUCCAUUCAUCCCAGGGAGGAUACACGCGACCAACAACGAGUUCCAGAGAUACGGUCCGAAGGGUUUCAUGGAGAUCAAGAUCCUCCAAAACGACAACCUUUACGUCCGUGUCGACUUGCCCGGUGUUCCAGACGACGGGGUCCGCCACAGAGUCGACUCCGUGAGGCAAAAGGUUGUCUUUUUCUCCGGUGAAGAGACUCUCAGCGACGGAGACGACAAGAAAAACGCCCGUGAGUACGCUGGAACCGCCGGUUUAGGGUGUGACUGCUGUGAGAUAACGGGAGUGGAUGCGAAGAUGAAAGAUGGAGUGUUGAGGAUGAUUGUGUCGAGGGUCAAAGUCAAAGACCAUGACAACAAGUGUACUCUCUUUCUCCCUCCCAACACAGGUAAAUCUGGGAGAUACAAUAUGGAUGAACCUGCUUUGAACAUGGCUAAAGUGGUGGAGGACCAUCCAUUUGUGGUGAAAGGUCCUAAGCGUUCAGAAAAUAGUGUACAACGAAGAGGUGAUGGAAGUGUUUGGGUUUCAUUCGACUUGCCAGGUGUUUGUGGUGAUGAUAUAUUGGUGCUUCCCAAUGAGAAUGAAGUCAAGUUCUAUGGUGAGAACAAGGAGGUCUAUGAGCACGACGAGAGUUGCCGUAUCUUCAUGGGAGCCGUCAUGGAGUUCCCCUUUUGAGCCACGACAUCGCUUGGGAUGCUGAGUUUGGUGUUCUCACGGUCCGUAUCACACCUCCUGGUAGCAGCAACACCAACAGGGAGUAGUAGUCACACGGUCUCAUCUCCCAACUACGUUUCACAUAUGUUGUCUUUGGGAGAACUGUUGGUUGGCCACUGAUGAAGUCUUUUGUGUUUUAAGUUUGGACAAUUAUGUGUGACUGUGUCUUGUUUUGGUGUUUGUUAUCGAAUGACUUACUUGGUGUCCACGUAUCACUUCCACU